CUCGGCAAUUCACAUCCGGCGGUCUGCGCAAGACAGGAAGUCGGACAUUGAAAAAUAGCUUUCUUGACGACAAAUUUAAUUUCUUGUGUGACAGGUCACGGGAAGGAAGUAUCAACAAUGAGUGUUACUUGUUGAUGAUGAGCAAGUGAAACCAGUGUUAAGUGGCAGAUUUAAACUGACAGAUAUGGACAUGAUUCCAGUGAGAGACCCUGGAGGGGGCAAACACAACGGUGAUGCCGGGGUAGAGCAGAAGGCUGCACAGCAAAGAAGGAUGGUAUCACGUUGGGACCGUGAUAGUUUGGAAGACAAAUACCUCCGUAUGUAUGAGGAGAAUCUCAUCCUCAAGAAACAUGCUCGUAAGCAGGAGGACAAGAUUAAAAGGAUGGCAACAAAGCUACUGCGUUUAGUUAAUGACAAAAAGAAGACCAAUGAAGUGGAUGGAGGGGAAACAAGAGGUAAAAAAGUUAAAGAUGUGGAAAUGGAGGAGAAGAUGGAAGAACUAACUGAGAAAAUUCGCAACAUGGAGAAACAGAAUGUACAGCUGAAAGAAAAGUUGAUGUUGUCCAAACAGCAAUUGGCAACCAACAAAAGGUCCACACCGUACAACCAUGUGGGUUCAAGGAUUAGUACUGGAAUUGCUCGUACUCAGCCUCAGCCGGACUCAAGGCUGACCAAGAACAUGAGAGUAACAGGCCCUAUGGACUCACCACCAGGGAGGAUGAUGGGCAGUCCCACUCAGCCAAGAUACGGCCACAGUUUACUGGAGAAUGCCAGGGCGGACCUCCAUUACAAGGAUGACCAAAUCGCACAACUGCAGGAACAAUUGGAAAUGUAUGAGAUAGAGGUGGAGAAUAUGAGGCAGCAAUUGAAACUGAAGGAAGCAGAGCACGACGAAGACCUAGUCAAGAUAAAACAACAGAUUACAGCGGAACAAAGAGUGACAGUUCAAGAAAAUAUUGACCUGAUACGCUUACAGCGUGAAGUAAAAGAAAAGUCCACAAAAUUCUUUACACUACAAGAAAAAUAUGUCCUUCUAGAACAGAACAUGCAGACAAUGAAACACAGCCAUGACAGUAUGUUGAUGGAGAUGGAGAGGCUCAACAUGCAAGUCAAGGAGGAGCAGAACCGGGUACUCACACUACAGAACGAACUCAAGUUUGGUACAACUAACAACAGGAAGCUGAUAGAGUUGAAUGAACAGAUCAUGAGUUUGGAGAAGGAAAACCAGAUUCUUAAGGAGGCCAAUGAGAAGUUUGUCAGCAGUGCUUUUGACCUGGACAGAGAAAGAGAGUGGCGACAGAGAGAGAAUGCCCUCAAAGUCCAGAUAGCCCAACUGGAAGCCACACUGAAAGCCGAUCUUGGUGAAAAGGGUGGCAUUCUCGACCAGUUGGCCAAUGAGAAAGACCAACAUGAAAAGCUCCAGGCUACAUUCAGACAGAUGCAGAUAGAACACUAUCAGCAGAAGGAGGAAUAUGAUGAUCUCAAACAGAAGAUGAAAUUCUUCACCAAGGAAAGUGCCAUAGACUUCACAGAGAUAGAGGAAGCCUUGGUCCUCGUCAAACAAAAGAGACAGCAGGAACUUCCAGAGCCUGACUUUCUACAGAAGGUGGACAUGGAAAAGGACAAAGAUGUAAGCCGUUCCCUGCUGAUUCUACAGGCCGAAUACGCAGAGACAAUCCAUGAGCUUGAGAAAACACGGAACAUGUUGGUGAUACAACACAAGAUCAACAAAGACUACCAGCAGGAGGUUGAAAUUUCUACCAACAAACUUGAAGAAGUGCGGAAGGAGUACGAGAUGAAACUGGACGAGUAUGCUCGAUUAUUGGAUAUCAGGGCUGCUAGGAUCAAGAAACUUGAAGCACAGUUACGUGACGUUGCCUAUGGAACCAAGCAGUUUAAGAUAGCGCCACCUGUUGAUGAGGAGGAUACAAUUGCAAACUUCGAUGAGACCAUUCACUUAGAACGUGGACAGAAUUUAUUUGAAAUUCACAUACAAAAGGUUUCCCUGUCGGACGAGGGUGUCAAACAUAUUGGAGAUGAGGAACCAUCCGUCUUCUGCACUUGGGAGUUCUUUGAGUUUGAGAUCCAGAGUACUCCUGUACUCAAAGGCUCUAGGCCAGAGUUUGACUUUACAUCUCAAUACAUUGUGAAGGUAGACGACUUCUUCUUACACUUCCUACAGAAGGAUUCCUGUACAUUGGAGCUUCACCAGUCAUUUGGUCAGGAAUACAGGACAAUUGCAGCUUGUCAGCUGGUGUUCAAAGAGAUUUUUAACAAGACGCAUGGAAGGAUCCAUGGAACUGCAACUCUUACAGGUGUUGAUAGCAGUGGAGGCACUGGUAUUGGUUUUGGGAGUGUGGAGUACUGGGUAAGGCUGCGGGUACCAAUGGACCAGGCCCUCCGCUUGUACAAGGAGCGAACCAAAGCCUUGGGGUAUGUGACCUCUAACGAGAAGGCUGCCACUGAGGCCUUACAGGCACUGGAUGAGACAGCUGCCAAGAGGCCUGCAGAUAAUGUCAACGAACUUCAUGUGAAAAUCAUACGAUGUUCUAAUCUCAAACCAAGGCGAGAGAACGUCCAGCCAUCGCCAUAUUGUAUCUACCAGUUCUUUGACUUCAAUGACCAUGAUACAGUGAUUCUUACCAGUACAAACAACCCUGAGUACAAUGAUCACAUGACUUAUCCUGUACCGAUGACCAAGGAACUGGACCACUACCUCAAAACCUAUCAACUGAAGGUGUUUGCGUUUGACGAUACUGACCCUGAGCAGGCGGCAUACCUAGGAAUCGCAGAUGUACCCCUCAUUCCAUUAGCACAUAACAAGUCCAUCCAAGGUAUCUUUGAGCUCAAAGGAGCAAACGGCAAGAUCAAUGGAACAGUAGAAAUGGAACUGAGAUGGCAGUACACAUAUAUCAUGUCAAAGGGUGUUCGUAUACAGGACCCACCUGUGAUUGAGCAAGUUCCACCACCAUACGCUUCACCACAGCAGGAACAUUCAGACUCAGAUAGACAGUCCAUCGCAGAAUCUGACAUCACACCUGUCAAACAGAAGUCCAGAGUGGCAGCCAAGUUCCCUGAUCCGACAGCAACUUCUACACGCCUAUGCCAGCUCCACCGGAACCCCGUGAGGGAGCCUGCCAAGAAAAUUCCAAAGCGUCGACUCCACAAAGAAGAACCAGCUCAAGAGCCAUCACUUGUCAAUGAUGCUGUGAAAGGGGUGAUUUCUGAUAUUAUGCCAUCCAGUAUGUCUGAUUCACUGACUGAAACCUUGCCAGCACAACCAAGCAUACACAUGCCAGACCACCAAGCCUCUCCUAGAGAAUUGAUAGAGGAGGCCACCCACGAGGAGGAGGAGGAGGAUGAAGUUGUAGAGGAAGAGAUUAUUGAGGAGGAGAUGAUUGAAUCAGAUGAUGAGAGUGACACAGUCAGUGGUGUUAAACCUCCUCAAAGCUUAUUGGCUGAUGUUAAUGGAAUGGUCAAAGGAAUCCAGAAGGGUAAAAAGCCAACCCCAAAGGCUAGGAAAACAAUAUUCAAGGAUACUAGAGAAGACAUUCGAAGUCCGAAGGAACAAACAAAGAUGUCAGACACCAUGUUUGAAGAGGAGCAUUCUGAGGAGAUUUCUGAGGAGAUAACCGAGGGCAGUCCAUCAGGAACUCUCCAGUUCACUGCUGAACCCACACCUAUUACAGAGGAGAGCAGUCAUGAGUCUGAUAACCCCUCAGGAGUCAUGGAGUCAGACAGUGAAGGGGUCAUCAUGGCGCCCAAACCCACCAAACGCAGCCAGAAAAAGGCAGCAGCAAAGAAAGGUAACUUUGUGACCAUCACAAUCUCACAUCUGUCGAUAGAGGAAGGUGCUGAUGUUCUGCAGAGGGACAACAUUCGUCAGCUAUUUGUGGCCUAUAACUUCCUGGGUAUUGAUCCCCAGGAGUUGGAGACACCUUUCUCCCUCCCCAAACCCAAACCAGGACAACAGAUUGCAUUCAACUUUAGCAAGACUUUCCAAGUGGAUAUAGAGAAAAACUACACACGGAGACAAUUUCUGGCCAGCAUGUUACUGCCUGAUGACCCGGAGAAGGGCCGGAUCCGGUUCACCAUCGUCAGUGAGCCCCCUGAUGAAGAUAUGGAGGGCGACUGUGAGGAUGUAGGCAUUGCCUGGGUCAGCAUUAAGAAAAUUCUCAUGAACCACAGAAACAUUACAGAUGAGGAUGUAGAAGUGUUAGAUGCUAAGGACCAGAAGACUGUGAUUGGGAGUCUGAAUCUCUCUGUGGAUUGCCUGGCGGCCCUUCAAGCUGUCGAGAAUGAGAUGCAAGUGGAUGGCACAUACUAAAUAUUGAAAUACUAGAUCUAGGAUAGCAGGGAGUUAAACUGCAGACAAAUUCUUAGACAGCAGGGAAUUGGACACAUUCUGAUGCAAAGUGGAAUAUCUAACAGGAGCAUAUCAUUGACCAUGAGUAUAUAACAGCUAUUUUGAUGAAUAUUUUUGCGAUAUAUUCCCAAAGAUUGCCAUUACCUACCAUGAUGCUGUUAUUGAGCACACAUGAAGAUAUUGUGAUGACAUGUUAAACUAUUGCCUUGUUGUGUGUCAGUAUUCCUCCAGAUCUACCCAAAUCUUACAUUCUGUAAUAUCACAGAAUGUUACUCUACUAGCUAGAAGUCAGUUGUAACUUCUGAAACAUUUCUAGGUGAUGCAGUCAUAGAACACUAUAUGCCAGCUGAACAUGUCUACAUGGCUCCAGGAUUUCAGAAUGGAUCAAUAAUUUGCAAAGAAAUAAUAGGCAGAUAUCAUAACUAUAGAUAGAUGAUUGAUUUUGGAGGUAGAUUUUUACAGGAAUGGCCAUUUCCAAAUUAUCUGUGAUAAGUGUUAGAGUGUAUUGUAUGAAAGUGGAGAGUGAUAUGUACCUUAUUUAUGUGCUGGGCUACCAAUGUGAAUAUUUUACUAUCGUUAGACAUUGUUUAGGUGUAGAAUCUAUAUGAAGACACAUUAUAAACUGACUUCCGUCCUUGUACAUUCUAUGAGCAUUAUUUAUAUCCAGACCUCUGAGCGUUCAUAGUUUUGCCUUAGAGUGAUCUCCCUUCUUUCACAAUGUAUAUACAAUUAGGACAUUUUAAUUCUCAAUUUCAGUUUAAACAAUGUAAUUUUAUGCCUACAUUUAAUUGUAAAUAUGGUGCCCAAAGCUAUUUACACAUGUUAUUUAACAUUUACAAAUCAUGUCAUCUUUUUAUGAAUUUUAAACUAGGAUGUGAAACUAACAUGAAAUAAGUAUCCAUUCAUUGUUAGUACUUGUUUUCAAAUCAUACUCAAUUUAGCAAUUCAUCAUAGGAUGAACGUACUUACCAGUGUAGGACAUGUCAGAUCUAUUUAUUAUGAUUUACGUGUCAGGUUUUGUUUGAUACCUUUGACUAGAAAUCCAGGUAUUUACUGUGAAUAAAACCUUAAAUUCAUCUU